GAGUGUUUACCUUUUCACUUUUCGGAUGCAUCCUUGAGCUCUGGUUUGCAGGAUGGACUCGCUGUUUUCUGUAGUUGGAACUUAUGUAAACUGGGAUGUCAAAAGUCUGCUUGUUUUCAUCACGAUUUUUGUCCUCACUAUAGAUUACAUAAAGAACCGCCGGUCGGCUAGCUUCCCUCCAGGACCCUGGGCUUUACCGAUUCUUGGCAACUUGUUUUCUUUAGACCUUGACCGUAACGGGACUCAUGAGAAUCUGACGCAGUUCGCAGAGAAAUAUGGAGACGUGUACAGCCUGAGAAUGGGUCAGGAGUGGAUGGUGGUCUUGAACGGCUUUGAGGUUUUGAAAGAGGCUCUUGUAAAUCAAGGAGACUGUCUGGCUGACCGUCCACCCCUCCCUCUCUGCAUUGAUGCUUGCCAUGGACUCGGUAUCAUUUUUAGUAAUGGGCACUCCUGGAAGCAGCAGAGGCGUUUUGCUCUUUCAACCCUCAAAUACUUUGGAUUUGGAAGGAGGUCCCUUGAACCUGUGGUUUUGGAUGAGUUAACAUUUUGUUUAAAACAGCUAAAGAGCUUUAAAGGUAAACCCUUCAAUCCACACCUUCCCAUACACAAUGCUGUCUCCAACAUCAUCUGCUCUCUGGUUUUUGGGCAUCGCUUUGAGUACAAUAAUGAAAAAUUCAGAAAACUGAUAGGCUGGUUUGAGUCAGCUCUCCAGAUUGAGGCCUCAAUUUGGGCACAGUUGUACAACUCAUUCCCUUGGCUGAUGAGAUGUUUGCCAGGGCCACACAAGACAGUCCUGCAGAUGUGGGAAGAUGUACGAGAGUUCAUAAGAGAAGAGCUGAAGGAGCACAAACAAAACUGGGACCCAGCUGACCCAAGAGACUACAUCGACUGCUACCUGAAAGAGAUAGAGAUGGCUAAGGGACAGUUUGACAGCACUUUUGAUGAAGAAAACCUGGAGUUGUGUGUAAUGGAUCUUUUUGUGGCUGGUUCAGAGUCCACAUCCACCACCCUCCGCUGGGCGUUUCUCUACAUGGCAAAGUACCCAGAGAUCCAGGCAAAGGUCCAGGCUGAGAUAGACGCAGUGAUUGGUCAGUCCAGACCACCCUCAACAGAAGAUCGUGUGAACCUGCCAUAUACAGACGCUGUCCUUCAUGAGAUCCAGAGAAUUGGCAACGUAGCUCCUCUCAGCUUGCCUCAUAUGACCAACAAAGAUCUCCAGCUGGGGGGCUACACAAUCCCAAAGGGUGUUAUGAUCAUUCCAAAUCUGACCUCAGUGCUUCUUAACAAGAAAGAGUGGGAGACGCCCUACACCUUCAACCCAGGACACUUCCUGAAUAAGGAGGGCAAGUUUGUGAAGCCAGCUGCUUUCAUGCCUUUCUCUGCAGGGAAGCGGAUAUGUCUUGGUGAGAACCUUGCAAAGAUGGAACUUUUCCUCUUCUUCACCUCCUUCAUGCAAAACUUCACCUUCUCCAUGCCUGCUGGAGUGAAGCCAGUGUUGGACAGCUGCUUUGGUGUCACUCUGGCACCACAUCCAUAUGAAAUCUGUGCAACCUCACGUUAAGCAAUAAUCAGACUGUCACACAUAACAAAUAAAGACAAAUUAAUCAGUAA